UAGAAUCGACGAGCGCUCCCCUCCCCACGUCGCCCUCCCCGAUCCCCUUUCGCUCCCCCUUCCGAUCGGCGAUUUGGCGGCGGCGUUGGAGCCGUCACCGGUUUCCCCGCUCCCCCCUUCUUCUCCCUUCCCUCACGGCGGCGUCGGGGCGGAUGGCGCGUUCGAGCUGACGCCGAUGUCUUCCCUCCCCUUUUUUCUCCCUCUCCUCUCCCUCCUACCUCACCUUGUGGCAGCACCGCCGAGGGCAGGACGGGCGAGGCGCCCGUCGGAGCCGGCACAGGUGCUCCCUUCCUCCUUCUCCCUUCACUUGUGCCGGCGGCGGCGGUUGCGACGAGGGAGGACAGAUGCGGCGCCCGUCGUUGCUGUUGUCGCCGUGUCCCCUCCCUUCUUCUCCCUCCCCUUCUGUCAGCGGCGGCAGCCUUCUCCGUUCGUCUCUCUCCUAUCCGUCUCCCAGCGUCGUCGUCCUCCGGCCACCGCCGUCCUCUGCCAGCACCUCCUCCGGCCCCCUCCACUCUGCCCAUCCGCUCCACUCUUCCCUCCUACCCAAAUCUACGGCGCCGCUCCGUGGUCGGCAGCUCAAUUCCUCGCCGGAUCUGACAGUUUGACCGGUGGAGAAAGAAGAAGCGGGCGGCCCGCGAGGAUGGAGGAAGCGGAUUGGCAGAAGUUGGCCGUUGAGAUCUCCAUCAAACCUGUCCCCUUCAAGCAUCCGGGUCCGACGUCCUCUGCGCAUGGUCUGUGACAGCUUGGUAUAAUGAAGAAUUAGAAAGGAUUCAGUUCUCUCCUUCCUGUUCUAUUCUUUCAGCAAUGGUUUAGGUCAACACAAAAAAUUUGGUCGAGUUAAGCAACAAAGGUUCAGGGCCUGUUCACUUUGAUGCCAUUUUCAACCUUACCAAAUUUUGGUAACUUAUAUAAGAAAUCUUGCCAGUUGCCAAAAUUUUGGCAUAGUUGCCAAAAUUUCGGCAAUGUCAAAAUUUGGUAAGGAUUUUUUUGGCAUCAAAGUGAACAUGCCCUCAGUUCUUAUCCUUCCAGUUCUCCUUUUGUCUUGAAUGUUCUUGAAGAAGCUAUAAGUGGAACAGAUACAUUGAGAUCACUCCCAGUUGGAUCAUCAGCACCAGGAAAGGUUCCGCCACUACCAGUUUUAUGAUCUUGUUUAUAAUGGGAUGGCUACCACAUAUAUUUUUCUAUUUAUAGGCUGACAAGAAGUGUGCUCUUUUUUAUGGUGUAACAAUAAGUGAAGAACAAGCUCGGUCAGGCAUUGUAGUCAGAGUCAACUCAGCCGCACAAAGUGAAUUUAAGCUACUUUUCUUCGAACAAGAAUUUGAUGGAGGUUAUGGACUAGCUCUGCAGGCAUCCAAGCUGAGGUGAAUCACAUGAGACAAAAUGGCAGUCUUGCUUUCAAUGAAAGCCUUGUUGCUGGUAUAUUUCUUCAUUUUGCCGGUGCAAGACCCACACUGGUCUUCCAGACCACGGAAUGGUAGUGCAUCAAUAGGGCUGCAGCAGGGUGACACACCAGCACCACGGUUAUUGGAUUCAGGAGUUGCCAAGGAGCAGCAAUUAAAUGAUUAGCUUCCACCUUUAAUUUUGCUGGCAGGUACCUAGAUUCAAUGCAAGGGUCAGGGUGUUAUCCCAGGCUUCAUGGACAACUCCGUCGCCUUGAGGAAAUAAGCCUCCUCCGUCCCUCCAUAUGUAUUUCCUCCUCUGCUCUGUACUGCUUUGCUCUGCCUCAUGCUUGCUGUCAUGUGGAUGUGCUGCUGCUGACCAAUACUAGCUUAUUGAAGUUUUCCCUUUUUGUUCAUGCCGUUGCAUUGCCUCUGAAUCUUACCUUUUUUGCGGGGCCUCUGAAUCUUACUUACUUUUCAGUGCUAUAUACAGAUUCAGUUACAAGACACAUAGUCCCUGGAGAUGAAACAAGGUGUUUAGUGCGUAUUACAUUACCAGUUAGGAUUUACAUAGCAUCAUUCACACCUGAUUAGCAUAAGUUCCAGAUAAUAUUUUAUUAUCCCCUUUGAUGUUUAAGAUGGUUGCCUCUUCAGUAUCACAUCUGGAUCCAUAGCAAUUUCAUUUCUAUCGCUUUACUUCUCCGUGCAGGGAAAAUAGACUGCACCAAGCAUCAGUUAAGGUACAUUCAGCAUAAGAGAGUUAAGCCCGCUACCUAGCCGAAAAAACCGAAGGUGGGGCUCUUUGUUGCCAACAUAUUGUGACUGCUUUCGAUUUUGGUGCAGUAGUUUUGGUUAGUGACUAUUAUAUCAUUUUUUCUUAAAAUAAGGUCCCACAUUAUGGCUAGGUGUUGCCGCGAGGGCUGUGAAUGUUCUUUACUUCUGAUUAAAGUGAAGUAUUUGUGUAGGUGAUGACAAAAGCUACAAUUAUUCAGGGCUGUCAUUCUCUCCUGUAGGUGAUCUAUUAUGCAAUUUACUAUUUGCUGUAAUGUUACAGUGUCACUGCUCUCACUCUGCUUUUGAAAGCAAUAUGUCAAUAAUGGAUUACAUAAGGAAAGGUUUAUUGCAUCUGUCAGCUAACAUUUCUUACGGUGUUAGGGCCCUUUUGAUUCUUAGGAGUGGCAAAGAAUUUUAUGGGAUUCAAAUUCCAACAUAUUUUUCUUCCUAUGUUUCCCUUUGGCUUAUAGGACUAUGUUCCUAUGCUUCACUUUCAUGGGAAAAAUACCAAGAGGUAUAACCUCUUUGUAAAUUUUCCUUUGUUUUUCCUAUGGCACUAUCGAAGGGCUCCUAUUAUCUUUUCCUGUGUUUUUAUUCCUGUAGAAUUAAAGAAGCACACCACUUUUAUUCCUGGGUUUUUCCUAUUCGUGUGCUUUGCCUAUCCUGUGAAUCAAAGGGGCUUUAAGAUGCUAUGCCGCUAUGCCAUAAGCCACCCUUACUUGUGUUAUGACCUACUACUUCCUACUAGCAGUACAUUUUUGUAUCCAUAUGGAUCUUUUCUUCAUGAUGGUUGUCUCUACUUAAAGCUAUGCAUUAUUCAUACAUGAAGAUUAAGUGAAAAACAAGCCACUCCCAACUUAACUUUUGUUUGAUGGAUAUGCUAGAUAGAAACCUAGGUGUAUGUUCUUGGUCUCUUAGGUCAUUGUGUCACACAAUGUUGUUUGUUGAUGAGCUCCCUAUAUAUAUUGUUAGGUCAAUUAUGUUGCCCAACAAGUUUUUUGUGCUAAUGUGAGGUUACUAGGCUCAACAGUCCUUAGAUAUACGGAUUCGGUUUGGUUAUGGUGACAGUUCGGUUUUGGAUGAUUGGAUUGUUUUAUUUUUUCAUAAGCCCAACAAUAUGAUAUAAAAUAAUGUUAUUUAAUAUGUGAAGAUUAGUGGCCAUACAGAAACGCGUGCCAAAACAACAUAUUUUCUAAAACUGAAUUGUCCUCCUAUGAAUUACAUUCAAUUUCUCUUCCUUACACGUGGGGUUUUAUGUGUGCUCAGUGACUACCCCGUAGCAAGGUAUACUUGCUGAUCCAUAUGUAUCUUUGCUAAACAGUACUAUGUAUGGUGGUUUAAUUUUAAUGGUUGCAAAUCUUGGUUUCCCUGUAAGUAGCUAGCUAGCAUGAUUUUUUUUUCAGUCAUAGUUUACUCUUUUAACGGGCAACUUGUUUAUAAACAAACAGCUCACGGGAUGUUGGCCUUAUGUCAUUCUAGAGCACUUUUCAGAGUUUAAUAUGACACAAAGGCUUUCCAAACGAUGGCGAUGCCUACGGAUAAUCAUUUUCCUGCUGCUCUUACAUAUUUAUAUAUAUUAUAUAUUCUUUUAUUUACUUAUUUAUUUUGACUGAUAAGAGCUGGAGACUGCUAUAUUUCAUAAUGAAUAUUCUUCUUUUAUGUUUAAUCCACUUAGUUUGGUGCUCCCACUCUUCAGUCGGUGCUGCUUUAUAACGAAACUAUUAUGUGCAUUAUAUCGUCCGACAUAAGUAUAACCAUUUCAUGUUUGCAGGACCAAAGCUGCCAUUCAUACUGCUGUGCUUUUGUUGUGGAUUGAACUAGCAGGAGAGAAGAAUACACAUGAACUUAUAAAUGGACCAUUUCCUGUAGGCAGCUACUUUAUUUGUCCUGUAUAUUAGUGUGUUGUUUUUUAAUCAAUGUAAAUGAUCACUGACGGAGUACAUGUAUAUGCAUUAAUCACCUAAUCGUUCUGUAAUAUUUUCUGUUUAAUUUUUUUUGCUGCGCGCCGUAGCGCGCAAACCCUUUCUAGUACUCUAAAAAAAAGGGCAAUAAUAGUUAAUCCGUCA